UGCGAUUUUUUUUUUUGGCGAGUAAUUCACACUGCCAUCGGGAGUACAAGGGUUUCCGGCUCCAUCCUCUCCGGCGGCUCGUCCCGGCCAGCCGCGCACCGUUUCAUCUCUCCACGCCCCAUCCCACCCAGCUAUUUCUGUGUAGCUCCUCUACUGCUCCCAUGCCGAGCAAGCCAAGCAGCGCCAUGGCAGUGGCCGCGGCCUCUCCGGCGGGUGGCGGCGGAGUCGCACGCCUGGAAGCCCUGGCCAUGGACAAGGUGGCGGAGGCGGCCGACGCAGUCGCCAUAGCGUCGAGCGCCGGCGAGGUGGUCCGCGCGAUCCACGCCGUUGCUGUCCUCCUCUUCCCCGUGGACUCCGCCACUGUCGCUGGCACCUUGGACGAGCCCAUCAAAAGCCAGAUUAUCAGUGUUCUGAGCCUCAGCCAUGAUGAAAGGGAGUCUUGGAGGCGUGCCUUUUAUCAUGGUCCAGCAUUUCCUACCAUGUCUAAGAUAUUACUUGGCAGUAUAUGGUUUCUGUUUACGAUCCCACUUUCAUGCUUUGGUUGUCCAGAUAUUGCUUUGAAGUGGCUACGGCAGAUUCACAACACUGUGAGGAAGGAAGUCUAUGAUUCCUUUUUUGUCAGAGGACCUCCUACUGAAGUGAUUCAGGCUCUUGUUCCAGCUUUAUCUCAAAAUGAAAACUCUAAGGAGGAUCAUAACAUUUUUUGUUUGAACAUUGAAAGGCUAUUAAUAUUAUGCUUGCUUGAGAAUAAGGGGGUGGGCCAGAUUGUUGCAGAGUUUAUGUUUCUCAAUAAGCAUAAUGAUGGCGUUCUCAACCCAGAUAGAACAACUUUCAUCUCAAGGCUUGCACAACUACUUGCAUCUGUUCCAGAUAAAGCAAGAAUGGGAGCCUCAUCUGCGCUUACAGCGUCGUCAUUCUUCAAGAGUGUUGUCAGCCAACUUCUUGUUCGAGCGGAAGAAGCAGCUAUCGAGUCGUCUGCUAACAAAGAGUUUAACGAACAGGAUGCACUAAGUUCUGUGUUGCUCUUUGUGGGUGAAGUGUUAUCCCGUGUUAGCCGUCGUGGAUCUACUGGCAUUUUAGUUGCUGAAUUGAUCCCUAUGAUCCGCAAUCACUUACAAAGAUGUGUAGCACCAGACUGUAAGACGAUAAUACCUGACAUGAUCAAGCAUGUUCCUCAGUCUCAGUUUUGGUUCAAUGUGGUUGAAGCAUUGAGAGAUCAGCAUUCUAUUGAAAGAUUGACUGAAGAGAUGUUGCGCCAACUUGCAUCACACCAUUUAAAUGAUGAAGAAGUGUACUGGAUUUUGUGGACUCUGUUUAAUCAGAGUAUCAUGCAUAUUGCUGUUAUGAGGGCAAUGUUUAUUGACAAAUUUUUGCUUUGGAAAACAUUUCCAUUAUGCUGCCUGAGAUGGAUUCUUCAUUAUGCUGUCUUUGAAUUCCCACCAAAUUCAGUCGCAGAAGCUCAAAUGCGAAGGCCAUCAAACUUCCUGGUUACAUUGCAAAGUUUAGUUACUGUUUGGUCCAAGAAAGAGUUUGUUCAGUCAUAUUCAGUGGAGCAACAAGCUUAUAUCACUGCAGCAAUAGGGUUAUGUUUGGAGAACAUGUCAAAAGAAGAAUUAGAAAUGAAUAGAGAUGUAUUAAAUUGUAUUCUUCAAGGAGUAAGCUGUAGGUUAGAGAGCCCAAUUGAUUUAGUCCGGAAGAUGGCAAGUGCUGUUGCAUUGACAUUUUCUAAAGUUGUUGAUCCAAAAAAUCCUCUUUACCUUGAUGAUGACUGUUCUGAGAAUGUUGACUGGGAGUUCGGGGUUCUCUCUCCAAAGGAGAUCACAGCUCCUUCACAUGAUGUAGAAUUUGGAAGCAAAUCAAAACCAUGUCCACGUAAGAACAGGAAACAUGCUGGUGACAAAAAGGGAAAGACCAUCAAGCAUGAUAUUUCAGAUAACAGAGUAAAAAUCGUAGAGAUCAAGUCAAAACUAGAUUCUGAUGAAAUGUCUGGCGCUGCUAUAAAUUUUGAGGAACAUUAUGACGAGGAAAGCAUUAACAUUGAUGCUUCCAGUGAUUCAUCCCUGGAGCCGUAUGAUCUGUCAGAUGAUGAUACUGAUUUGCAGAAGACUUUCACACAUCUAAGUGAUCUUGCAGCUGCACUGCGAAAACCUGACGAUCUAGAUGGUGUUGAAAGCGCUCUUAGUUCUGCCGAAAAGCUUGUGAGAGCAUCACCUGAUGAGCUGCGCCACUGCUCGGGUGAUCUUGUUCAAGCACUGGUACAUGUUCGUUGUUCUGAUGUUGCGAUGGAAGGCGAGGAAGAUUCUGCUGAAGAAAAGCGACAGAAGGCAUUAGUCGCUUUGCUGGUAACCAGCCCAUUUGAAUCAUUAGAUGUUCUUACCAAAUUGCUAUAUUCAUCGAGUGUGGAUACAAGUCAGCGUAUUUUAGUUAUUGAUGUUAUGACUGAGGCAGCACAGGAGCUUGCUGAAACUAAAAUUGUAAAGAGUGAACAGCGGCAUGGGAACUUGAUAUCUGAUACUUCUCCGUCUUGGCUGGUUCCUAGGGACAGCGGACCUGUUGGGGCAAGCCCUUGGAGAGAGGUAUCAGAAGCAGGAUCACUUCUGAAAAAUUGGUCACACCGGUAUGAAAGAGAAGUUCCAUCUAGACCAGGCCAGGUUAAAUCAGGAAAAUCUCGCAAAUGGGGUCUUGGGAAAGCAAAAGAUUCGCAGGUGGAGCGGUCAAAAAACAGAUUUCCUUUGUAUGCUGCUGCAUUUAUGCUCCCGGUUAUGGAAGGAUAUGACAAGAGAAGACAUGGGGUGGACUUGCUCAAUCGGGAUUUUGUUGUCCUAGGUAAAUUGAUAUACAUGCUUGGUGUCUGUAUGAAGUGCAUGGCAAUGCAUCCGGAAGCAUCAGCCAUUGCCCCAGCUUUUUUGGAUAUGAUAAGAGCCAGGGAGGUCUCGCAACAUGCUGAAGCAUAUGUGCGAAGGUCUGUGUUAUUUGCAGCUUCUUGUGUAUUGAUAGCCUUGCACCCGUCAUAUGUUGCAUCAGUUCUUAUAGAAGGCAACCAGGACAUUUCUACUGGUUUAGAAUGGAUACGUACAUGGGCCUUGCGUAUUGCUGAAGCUGAUCCUGAUACAGAGUGCACAUCGAUGGCCAUGAACUGCCUGCGGCUCCAUUCAGAGAUGGUGCUCCAGACAUCCCGCGCCCUGGAAUCUGCGGAACAUUCCAAGGCCGGCACCAGGGCACUACCUUCUAAGCUCGACAACAUUAUAAUACCAUUUGCAAACAUGAUUUUAUCUGAUGUAGUCUUGAAGUUGUAAAGGGUAUUUUCUUUCUCAUUUGUGUUCCUGUAUUAUAGAUUCUUUUUAGUUGUGCUAUAGAAUUGCUUUAGUGUGUACUCCCUCCGUCCGGAAUUACUUGUCGCACAAAUGGAUAAAAGUCGCUGUACCUAAGACUAAAAUAUGUCUAGAUACAUCCAUUUCUCCGACAAGUAUUUCCGACUAAAAUAUGUCUAGAUACAUCCAUUUCUCCGACAAGUAUUUCCGGACGGAGGAAGUACUUUUUUGAAAUAAUGAUUUAGUGUAUACUGCAGUAGCUAAUUCAGCUACUAAUUGUUUUAGUGUAAUUGUUGUCCUA